CAACUUGCGCACAGUGGUACCAGUACCGUGCUAUGAAAAACCUCCACUGUUCGACCACAUAAAAAAAGAACAAAAGCAAACAAGAAACGAAAGCCCAAGCACAGCAAAUUUCAACCACCAACGGUAGCAAUGAAGUCCUAUUCCACCAUCCUUGAGGCACUCAACAAUAAUGCUAUAGAGAUCCCUGACAAGGUAGUCUUUACGUGGGUCAACAGCCAAUGCGAGGAACAAAACAAGAUGACUUGCAAACAGCUGGAAGACCAGUCCAACGCUGUGGCUGCUCGUCUCCUCAAGCUGGGGUGUGAAAAGGGAGAUCGUGUCAUGAUUGCAUAUCCCUUUGGCCUCGAGUUUUUGGCUGGCAUGUUUGGUGCCAUGAAGAUUGGAGCCAUCGCCUGCUCCAUCUACCCACCAAAUCCUAAACAGCUCAAAACGGAUAUGCCCAGAUUCCGUGGAUUUACCAAGGAUGCUGGAGCCAAGUAUGCUCUCUCGACUAACAUGUUUGCUACUGCGAUGACUGCAGCCAGCGUCCUUUACAAGACGGGUGUUACCUGGAUUGGGACUGACAAACUCUCAAUAAAAAAAUUCAACCGAACAAAUAAGCCGAAAUCAUUUGAGAAAUAUGUGGGAGAACCAGAAGACAUCUGUUUGGUACAAUACACCUCCGGCAGUACCGGACGUCCCAAAGGAGUCAUGCUCACUCACAACAAUUUGGUGGAAACCUGCAAAGGAGGUAUUUCUUUGACGGAUUGUUUGGAACCCAACGAUGUGGAAGUCUUAUGGGUCCCUCAAUACCAUGACAUGGGACUUGUGACUGGCUUUAUGGGUGCUACAUAUUCUGGCACCCCUCUUGUCAUGGCUUCACCAUUGGAUUUUAUUGUCAACCCAUUGCUGUGGACUGAUAUGGUUGAGACGUACCGGGCAACCAUCACCUGUGCCCCAAACUUUGCCUACGCAUUGCUUCUCAAGCGGUUGCAGCAAGCCAAUCGAACUGCUGACUGGAGUUGUGUGAAGCGUGUCAUGUUUGGUGGUGAACCUGCCCAAAGUCAUGUUGUGGAAGCAGUGUCUAAAACCCUCUCUGUCAAACCCGAUCAUAUCUACAACAACUACGGUCUGGCUGAAGCAGUUGUGCUUCUCACUGGUGGACCUGCCUACUCUGAUUCUCAGGCACUUGUCCCCUGUGGACCAGUGGACUCCCCAACCCUAAAGCUUCGAAUCGUGCAGGAUGGACGGGAGGUGAAAGAAGGAGAGGUUGGAAGUAUUUGGGCUCAGUCGCCAAGAGUAGCAGCUGGCUACUACGGCCAGCCAGAGCUGACAACCUCAAUCUUCGCCAAUGCAUUGCCUGGCUAUGAUGGCACCUGGCUUGACACAAGUGAUUUAGGCAAGGUGGUUGACGGUCAGCUCUAUGUUACUGGCAGAGUCAAAGAUGUCAUCAUCGUGAAUGGCAAGAACUACUACCCAACUGAUGUGGAGCUAUCAGUUGAUGAAACUUUUGGUGAUAUCAUCCGCCCAGGAAGGACAAGUGCAUUCCAGCACGGAGACGCCAGUGUUGGCAUUACUUUGGAGGGUCGCACUGGAUUUGAUAAGUCAGCAAAUGAACGUUUGGCUGUCGAGAUAGCCAACCAUGUAUCUCAAGUCCAUGGGUUGUUUGUAUCCGAAGUUCUGGUCCUCAAGCUGGGUGUGACUCCCAAGACAACAUCUGGCAAGCUGAAGAGGAGUGAGAUCAGGAAGACAACUCUAGCUGGUGAUUGGAAGGCAUCUGCUGUGCUCAUCAAAUUCCAGCAACACGACAACACUGCUCCACUGAUGGAUGACGGUAAAUCAUUUUUGUGACAUUGACCCUAGCCAAACAACUGCCCUCCCCAGCACAGCUGUCAAAGUUGUUGGAGCCAUUGAAUACAACCCUAAUGCCUCCAUAUGGUGCUAGGCACCACCAUCAUUUGGUGCCGCCACUAAAAUGGCAAUAAAGCUCAUCUUUGAACCAUAAUGACUUCUUAAUAUACUCUUUAAAUUGUUUACUACAAGGUAUAUAGAUUUGGUUGGUAAUCCAUAUUCUAUCUACUAUAACUUUUUAC